AUGGAUACCCUAAGGAUCUCCGAGAGCGCCUCCCAAGCCGGUCUGGUCCUAGCAGCCAUCAGCGCCUUCUAUUUUAUUCUCCACCGACUCUCAAGCAAAUAUGUAUGGAACGGAUUGACCCUACGCGGCCGCAAGAAUUCAACAGCUAGAACGCCACCCCGAUCCGUAUCACCCGGGACAAAGAAUGGCAACAGCACCACAUCGCCCUCAAGCUACACUGAUGCCCUACCACCUCAACGAAGGGAAUCCCUCCUCCAGCUAAAUGGAACUCGUUCCCACUGCAAUGAAAUUGAUGAAGCCAAAGUGUGCCAAAAUCUCUUGCCCAUGACCGCCAAUUAUAUGAACAGCCCGGGCAACUUGUACACACCAACUGGAUUCUCGGUAGAAGAAGUGAAAGCCCUUGGCCACUUCCCGGACUAUGCCACACUGAGCGGAGUUCCACUUCCUAGUCCUUACCAUGCCCAUGAUAUUGAUAAAGCGAAGCCAAGACCAUACCGUCCGUUCCGAUGGGCAUACCAUCAAACCAUGUCCUUGACAAAGCUAGAGACUGAUUGGUGGAUCGAACUCGAGAGCACAUACAGAGCUCGUAUUGCCCAGCGUAAAGCAUUAUUCGCGAAGAAUGGAAAAGCGGUUCUUGACGCUUUACCUGGAUCCGAGCUAGCUUGCAAGGAACUUAUGGAGAUGGUCUUGCAAUUUAUUUGUGCGAGAUAUCCACAGCACUUCACAUUGACUGAUAAGCAUAUACUGCAUAAUCGGAUUCUAGGAAUCGAAGAGGAUAUUAAAGCGAAGCCCGCAUUGGAAGUUCUCCUUGAUCAUGUACCUGAAGAUUUUGCACUCAUGUUGCGGGAUGAUGAGACUGGGUACUAUAUCCUUCGUGCAGCGGUUAUAUGCUCGGCAAUUGGAUGGAAUGUGGCUACCAAGAUUGGGAAGCAGUUACAUGAGAUUCAUUCUCCUAUUCCGGAUUAUAAAGAGAAGAUGCAGUUCUCUAUGGACCGGUAUUUUACCAAGAUGCCCACCGAGAAACCUAUCCAACGAGCUUCAUGGGGUCUUGAGGUCGGUCAACCACUGUAUAUGGCACCUGAUGACCCACAUGUCGCUCUUCGGGAGUCACAGGAUCCCAAUCUUACCGUGGAAGACUGUUUUCUACGUGUCGAUUGGCAAACACUUCGUCGUCUCCCUCUAUCCGCGUCUGUUGUCUUCAACUUCAAGGCCGUUUUUACACCUAUUUCCGAGUUCCGUGAUGAACCCGCCAUCCCGGCUUUAAUAUCAAAGGUAUUAAAAGAGGGCAAGCGGAGCCUGAUGCAGUACAAGGGUGUGUGGCAUGUUGAGCAUAUGAUUCUACCGAAGCUCGAGGAGUGGGCCAAGGAGCAAGAAGAGAGUGGUGCCGUGCCCAAAGGAUGGGAGGUCGCGACUCUGGAUGAUAGUCCGUGGUUUAGAGGAUGGAAGGAAAAGUGGCAUCGACAGCAAGGGUUCUAA